UUGCUGGUCUGUAUUUCACCGGUAAAUAUAUAGAUAAAUAUUAUUUUAUGUUAAAUGAGUAAUAACAAUGAUGUACAUUUGACAUUUCUAAUUUAUUUAUUUCAUAAUAAUAUUAAAAACUGUGUUCUUUUAUAUAGGUCUUACAUGGGGUUCACAGUACACUGGUUAAAUCAAACCACAUUAGAGCGUACAUCAAAAGGACUUGCUUGUAGGAGAAUGUAUGGAAAACAUACAUAUGACAAUAUAGCUGAAAUGAUUGACAAAGUAUUAUCGGAAUUUAAUAUUCAGAAUAAGACAUCUCUCAUUGUAACUGAUAACGCGGCAAACUUUGUGAAAGCUUUCAGAGUCUACAAUGAAAAUGCCACUAUACAACCUUCCACUGCCAGUAAUCAUAGUAAGUGUUAUUUUUCAAUAUUAUGGUUUUUAUAAAUUAGUAUCAGGAACUGCAUAAGAAACCCUUCCACCCACUGGAGUA